AUGACCGAGGAGACCGCACCCUCGCUCCAGCGUCUCGCCACACACAGUCUGCUGAGCCACCCGGCCCUGGCCAUCUCUGCCCUGGACGAUCUGCCGGUACUGCUGUUCCCUUCGCUCUUUAUGGAAGCCUAUACUGGGGGCCACAGAGAGGUGCUGAAGGCCAUGGUACAGGCCUGGCCCUUCCCCUGCCUCCCCCUAGGGGCCUUGGCACAGUCACCAGGUCUGGAAACUGUCAAGGCUGUCCUGGAUGCCCUCGAUCUGCGUCUUGCCCAGAAGGAGCACCCCAGUGGGUCGAAACUACUAGUGUUCAACCUGCGGAAGGAGCACCCAGAGUUCUGGAUACGAGGAUAUACCUCCAUGGUCCAAACAUCUUAUCAAGACAAUCGGACUGAGAAGACAACACUGAGUUGCUGUUCUGGGAUAACUGAAGAACAAGCCUUGAUCAUCGCCAUGGACUUGACCAUUAAAGAUGGUGCGCGUAAUCCUACCCAAACUUACCUGCUCCAAUGGGCCAGAGAGAGAAAAGAACAAGUCCAUCUGUGCUCGAGGAAAAUGAAGGUUCAGUCUGAAUCCAUCUCUGAAAUGCAGAAGGCUCUGUUGGUGGUGAAUCUCGACUCCAUCCAGGAACUGGAGUUGACUAAAUUCUUAGGGCUAGAAACCAUGCAAACAUUGGCACCUUACCUGAGCGGGAUGAAGAAUCUUCAUAUCCUCAAAAUCUCCAUGAAGGGUACAAGUUGGCACACAUUCAGCCCCAAAUGGGAGGCAUAUCUGGAGCCGCUGAAGCAUCUACAGGAGCUUCAUGUGCAAGAUGCCAUCUUCUGUCCUGAAAACCUGUCCUCCAUCCUCAGGAGCCUGCCCCCUUUGAAGGCCUUGUCUCUGAGUCAUUGUGUGAUGAUGGAGUCCCACCUUUGGUUUCUGUCCUGUUGUCCCUACACCAGGCAGCUCAAGCACCUGCGUCUGAGGCAUUUGUUCAUGGAUGACAUCAGUCCUGAGCCCCUGCGAGCACUGCUGGAGCAUGUAGCCAGCAACCUGGAGACCCUGGCCCUGGAGUGUUGUCAUAUCACUGAUUCCGAGCUGUCUUUCAUCCUGCCUACCCUGAGCCAGUGCUCCCAGCUCCGCUUCUUCAGUUUCUAUGGAAACCGCAUCUCCAUGGCCGCCCUGCAGAACCUCCUGAGCCACACGGCCAGGCUGGGCCAUUUGAGAAGAGGACUCUAUCCUGCCCCUGUGGAGAGCUACUGCCCUCAAACGUGGUGGGACGAAAGCAUCGACCCUGAUAGGUUCGCUCUGAUUCAGACAGGCUUGACGCAGCCAUUGAGAGGUAUGAAGACAAAACAGAAGGUCCAGAUCUGUACCCAUUUCAGUCAUUUGAAGAACAAAUGUCAAUUCUACAGCCUGGAGCCCGAUGGCUCCUGGGUAGUUACAAAGGAAGAGCUUCCUAGCCUUUCUGCUCUGCCUGUGUAG